GCACUCCACCAGUUAUAUUAUGACCCCAACAUUGAAAACAAGAACCUGGCUCAGAAAUGGCUGAUGCAAGCUCAAGUAUCCCCACAAGCUUGGCACUUCAGUUGGUUGCUUCUUGAUAUGGACAAGGUGCCGGAGAUCCAAUACUUUGGGGCCAGUGCACUCCACAUUAAGAUUUCACGCUACUGGAAUGACAUCCCCACUGACCAGUAUGAGAGCCUUAAAUCACAGCUCUUCAGUCACAUAACUCAUUUUGCUAGUGGUUCCAAAAUUGUGCUGACCCGCCUUUGUGUGGCAUUGGCUUCAUUAGCACUGAACAUGAUGCCAGAGGCUUGGCCAUGUGCUAUUGCUGACAUGGUACGCAUGUUUCAGGCAGAGGACUCUAAUGUAGAUGGGCGAGCACGCUGCCUUGCACUACUGGAACUUCUGACAGUGCUGCCUGAGGAAUUCCAAACCAGUCGUCUGCCUCAAUACCGUAAGGGGCAGGUACGUAGUGUCUUGUCACAGGAGUGCACAUCUGUGUUCCCUCUGCUAGAACAAUUGUUGCAACAGCAAGAUUCUCCUGGUUUCAUUAAGCAGAAGGUGCUGAAGUGUUUCUCCAGUUGGGUGCAACUAGAGAUUUCUUUGAUGGAAUGUGAGAACUUAAUCCAAGCAUCUUUCACUUCUCUGCUUGAUCCAGAACUCUUCGACAUUGCUGUGGAGGCUAUUGUCAAUGCCAUUUCCCAGCCUGAUGCUCAGAGGUAUGUGAAUACUCUUCUGAAGCUCAUUCCACCGGUACUAGGACUCCAGGAACAGCUACGUCAAGCAGUUCAAAAUAGGGAUAUGGAAACUUCUCAUGGGAUUUGUCGUAUUGCUGUAGCCUUAGGGGAAAAUCAUUCUCGAGCACUUCUGGACCAGGUAGAUCAUUGGCAGAGUUUUCUGGCACUGGUCAACAUGAUAAUGUUCUGCACCGGAAUCCCAGGACACUAUCCUGUGAAUGAGACCACAAGCUCACUUACACUCACUUUCUGGUAUACAUUGCAGGAUGACAUUCUCUCUUUUGAUCCAGAAAAACAGGCUAUGUAUCAGCAAGUGUAUCGACCUGUAUAUUUUCAGUUAGUGGAUGUACUCCUACAUAAAGCUCAGUUCCCCUCUGAUGAAGAAUACAGUUGCUGGUCCUCUGAUGAAAAGGAGCAAUUUCGUAUAUAUCGAGUGGACAUCUCAGAUACUUUGAUGUAUGUAUAUGAAAUGUUGGGAGCGGAACUGCUGAGUAGCUUAUAUGACAAACUGGGUCGCCUCCUGACAAAUUCAGAUCAGUCAUCCUCAUGGCAGAACACGGAAGCUUUACUUUAUGGGUUCCAGUCCAUUGCAGAGACCAUAGAUGUAAACUAUUCAGACGUGGUUCCUGGCCUUAUCGGCCUUAUCCCCCACAUCAGCAUCAGCAAUGUACAACUUGCAGACACGGUGAUGUUCACUAUUGGGGCUCUCUCAGAGUGGCUGGCAGAUCAUCCUGUAAUGAUCAACAAUGUCCUGCCUUUGGUAUUGCAGGCUCUGGGCAAUCCAGAAUUAUCUAUCUCUAGUGUCUCUACUCUUAAGAAGAUAUGCCGUGAGUGUAAAUAUGACUUGCCUCCAUAUGCUGCCAACAUUGUUGCUGUCUCUCAGGAGGUGCUAAUGAAGCAGAUUCACAAGACAAGUCAGUGUAUGUGGCUGAUGCAGGCUCUGGGUUUCUUAUUGUCUGCCCUCCAAGUGGAAGAGAUUUUGAAGAAUCUACAUUCACUUAUAACUCCUUACAUCCAACAAUUAGAGAAAUUGGCUGAUGAAACGCCCAAUCCAUCUAACAAGCUAGCUAUUAUCCAUAUAUUGGGUCUACUCUCCAACCUCUUCACCACUUUGGAUAUCAGUCACCAUGAUGAUGAUCAUGAGAACACGGAGGUUAAAAAACUGCCAGUGCCUCAGGGCCCCAAUCCAGUAGUGGUGGUAUUACAGCAAGUUUUCCAGCUCAUCCAGAAAGUGCUCAGCAAAUGGUUGAAUGAUGCGCAAGUUGUGGAGUCUGUGUGCUCCAUUUUUGAAAAAUCUGUGAAGACUCUUCUAGAUGAUUUUGCACCCAUGGUGCCCCAACUGUGUGAGAUGCUGGGACAGAUGUAUAGCACUAUUCCUCAGGCAUCUGCUAUUGACCUCACCAGGCAGCUGGUUCACAUUUUUGCCCAUGAGCCUGCCCACUUCCCACCCAUCAAGGCGCUCUUUCUGCUUGUCACAUCAGUUACAUUAACACUCUUUCAGCAAGGGCCCAGGGAUCAUCCUGAUAUUGUUGAUUCAUUUAUGCAACUCCUGGCACAGGCACUCAAACGGAAACCUGAUUUGUUCCUGUGUAGCAGCCUGGAUGUCAAAGCAGUAUUCCAUUGUGCUGUGAUCUCUCUGAAGUUUCCUGAAGCACCAACUGUCAAAGCUUCCUGUGGCUUUUUUACUGAAUUGCUGCCACGCUGUGGGGAGAUUGCACCUGUGGGACAAGUGGUACAUGAGAAUGGCAAAAUGCUACUACAAGCUGUAAUUGAGGGUAUAGGUGGCCAAGCUUCACGAAAUUUGAUGGAUCAUUUUGCUGAGAUUCUUUUUGCUCUCAAUAAGCAUUGCUUCAGUUACCUGAGUGUGUGGAUCAAGGAAGUCAUGCAGCAGGGUGGCUUUCCAUCAACCCGUGUCAGCCCUGAGCAAAAGGACAUUUUCAGCCAACAAAUUCUCAGCAGAGAACGUGUGAACAAACGACGUGUGAAGGAGAUGGUAAAGGAGUUCACAUUACUUUGCCGAGGACUGCAUGGUACUGAAUACACAGCAGACUACUGAGGAGAUCUGUGUGGCAAAAGACUGCAGCAUGAACAGAUCUGGUUUUAUGCCAUCGCCUGAAGCUGCUACCAAAUCAGCUGAUAGAAUGAUAACUUUACAAUUAACCUACCCUGGUUGCUCCUCUCAAGAACAAGCUGUUUCCAAAUCCCUUCUGCGUAUUCAGAGCUCACAGGCUCAAAGGACUUCGAGCAGAGAUUGGAGCAGAGCUGGACAGUCCCCUGCCAACCACAGGACUAGUGUACCAAUUGCCACUUUCCCCCUUGGCACGCUCCUGUAGAAGUGUCUGUGAUAUUGUCUAUUUCUAAAGAGUCUACCUUUUACUUGCAUGAGGAAGCUUGUGUCUGAUUGAAGUGAAGGUCCUCCUGCCUUGAAUUACAUUAAGGCUACUUCUAAGCUCCUGUGGUUGGCCUACUGGGGAAGCGGCAUACUUUAGGGGCAAUACGGGCAGGGACAGAGUACAGCUGUAGCAGAGGCAAUUACAAGAAUAUGAUCUGCCCUAACCUGAUUGGUGCAAUAAAUAAUACUAAGAGUUCAAUAAGGUA